GAUAAGGGCGGAGCAUCUGGAGCAGAAGAACCGGACGGCUGAACCUGCGGACUUUGUAAACUUGCAGCAGCAUACCUGUGGAAAACAAACGCACAUUAACGCACUAACACACGAAGCUCUUUUAGUCCUGCGGUGAUUUUUAAACCCUCGGAGAAACACGGCAUCACUCCAUUGUUGACCUUCAUGGUGGAUGAGCACAAUGUUCCUUCCCCUGAGCUUCAGAAAAUGAACGCCUCUCUGUGUGACCCUGCAGCGGUUAUGUAUCAACUGGUGGCAGACCACCAACUUGAUACCAACUGCAACUGCUCCUCUGCCCUUUCAAACUGGACAGCAAGGGGCGUGGCACCUCAGCUGCCCACAUUCAGUACAGCGGCGAAAGCGAGAGUGAUCAUCACCUUCAUCCUCUGUGGCAUAUCUGCCUUUUGUAACCUGGCAGUGCUGUGGGCGGCUCGCAUAGAUGGGAAACGAAAAUCCCACGUGAGGGUGCUGAUUGUCAACCUGACAAUGGCGGAUCUGCUCGUGACCUUCAUCGUGAUGCCCGUAGAUGCGGUGUGGAACAUCACAGUUCAGUGGCUUGCCGGAGACUUUGCCUGCAGGCUGCUGAUGUUUCUUAAGCUGCAGGCAAUGUACUCCUGCGCCUUUGUCACAGUUGUAAUCAGUCUGGAUAGGCAGUCAGCCAUCCUCAACCCUCUGGCCAUCAAUAAGGCCAGAAAGAGGAACAGAAUCAUGCUCACGGUGGCUUGGGUUAUGAGCGUUGUGCUGUCUGUCCCUCAGAUGUUCCUUUUUCACAAUGUGACCAUCAUCCAUCCCGAGGACUUUACUCAGUGCACAACACGGGGGAGCUUUGUCACCCACUGGCAUGAAACAGCCUACAACAUGUUCACGUUUUGCUGCCUGUUCCUGCUGCCGCUGGUCAUCAUGAUUACCUGUUACACCAGGAUCUUCUGUGAGAUCUCCAGACGACUGAAAAAGGACAACUUACCUUCCAGUGAAAUGCACUUGCGGUGUUCAAAGAAUAACAUCCCGAGAGCCCGGAUGAGAACUCUGAAAAUGAGUAUUGUGAUUGUUCUGUCUUUCAUCAUCUGCUGGACUCCAUACUACCUGCUGGGCCUGUGGUACUGGUUCUUCCCUGACGACCUGGAGGGGAAGGUUUCCCACUCCUUAACUCACAUCCUGUUCAUCUUUGGGCUUGUCAACGCCUGCCUGGACCCGCUCAUCUACGGCCUAUUCACCAUCCACUUCAGAAAGGGGCUCCGGAGGUUUUAUACCGGCACCACCACAUCGGCUGAUCUGGAAAACAACACGGUCAUAACUGGGUCUUUUAGUUGUGCUGCCAACUCUUUGUCACUGAAACGGGAGGUGAGCCCUGCCAGCCCUGAGAGGCUCCUGCUGUGCAAAGCAGAGUGGACCCCACCGAGGAGCAGCUUUCUAACAGCCGACAACGACACAGACAGAAAAACUCACCAGUCCAGUGCUGAGAGCAUCUUAUGAGAAGAAUAUAGUAUUGGUUUUACUGUUUUAUUUACUCAUAUUUAUUCAGUGUUGUGCUCUCAUAUGUAGGGUACUCUCAUUCUCUUACACUCACCAAUUAAUUAGAUACACAUGAUCAAGACGAACAGCUAAAGUUUUUCAACUGACCAUCACAAUGAAGACGACAGGUGACUUUGAACUUUGAAUUUGAACAUGGCAUGGUUGCUGGUGCUAGUUAGAGUGUUUAAGAAACAGUUGGCUUUGAAUCUCAUCAUAGAUGUGUAGCUGACAAAUGUGCAGCAACUGUGUGAUGCUAUGGACCAAAAUCUCUGAGGAAUGUUUCCAGCACCUUCUCGUAUCUGUGGCAUGAAGUAUUUAGGCAACUUUGAAAGGAAGUGAGGGUACAAUCCAGUACUAGUCAGGUACCAAUCGGAAUACAUAAAGUGGCCAAUGAGAGUAUGUAUAAAAUACAAAGGCCAAAAAUGGCUGAAUGCUGGAAAAUUGAUAAUUUUGUAUGAUAUUGGGAAAAGCUUCAGAAAAUAAACAGUGAUCAUAUUACAGGAUUAAAAUCAAUGCUUUGUAAGAUCUCUAUAAAUAAAAUCCAGCUGUGUCAGA